AGGGACUUUAUGACAGUGUAACAAUCUGUUCAUUGUACCUAAUGGAAGAAGCCUUACAACAUACAUUGCUUUGAAAUAAAUACAUCAAUCCGGUGUAGAUCAAGAUGUUUUCAUGUGAAUCAGCAACCCUCAGGGCUCUGGAAUCUUUUAUUUUUGGUUAUCAGCUUUAAAGGAGCAGAUGCAAAGGUUUAAAGAACGGCGUUCGCAUUCCAUCCUUCACCAGUUCGUUCACAGGGGGGUGUUUUCGCCCCGUCUGAUCGUCUUCACCACGUGUUUAUCUACUCGCAUUGGGUUGUUCUGUAGACCACUGGAUACUGGGUCGGGUCACAGCAUCUAAUCCGGAUUUGUUUUGGACAGAACCUCAUUUCGAGAGACUUCCCUUGUAUGUUUUUUUUUGGGGGGACGUGAAGCUGUGAAGCAGCAAGUUCAGACAGUAAGAGGUGGAUCUACCGAAUGGUCAUGCUGUUCUGGAGGUGAUACGGAGCAGCUUGCACAAAUAGAUGUAUCAGCGGUGCGUACAAAAAGUGAAUGAAGCACGAGGGCUGGGAUUAUCGCGUGUUGCUUUACGAGUCCGCCUUUUUUAACCUUGACCGCAUGAUGGUUGGCUCCAGAGGCCAGUGGGGUGUCGAUGACUAGGGCUAAAUGGGAGGGCUUCUGGACAAAGCCAGCCUUCUAUUAUGGCUGCUUAUGCCCUGAACUGCCUACUCACGAUGAACCCUAAUAACCUGACUGAUAAGAGCAGCCCUCGGACUGCAAGGCCUGUGCUUCCAGUCCCGGACCGAUCCACCUACAGCCCACUUCUGGGAAGGAACAGUGGUUCCUACAGCCCUGGUAGCUUAAGUCCUAGCUCUUCUAGCACGACAUCUUUUGUCUUUGUUUCCGGAGUAAGCAGCACCAACAACUCCCGGACGCGCUCCCCAUGCCGCUCACCAGAUCUGCUGGGGGUGAACGUGGGCACUCGAGUGCGAAGACUGAGCGGGACAGACCCAGAGGACGAGCAGGAAGAGGAAGAGCGGCGUGUUGCUCAGCAGCUCCAGCGCAGCAAGGAGCUCCAGAAUGUAGAGGUGAACAAGAAAGUGGACCUGUUCGAGGCGCAUAUUUCUGCUCGGGCCCAGAACCUGGAGCUGCAGCGAAGCCCUCGGAUUUCCAGGAGACAAGGCCUGAGUUCUAGUCCUGUGCCUCUGACAGACAAACUUAGCUCAGACUUGAACUUCACGGAUGUCUGGAGCGUCCCCCCGGAGCUGCAGAAUGGGAAGAACGCCCAACCACUGCAGAGACACGGAGAAAAAAACAACGCAUUUAUUAUCAAUAAGGAAGACUGUAUCCUGCGGGAAGACAAAUCAGUGGACCCAUCGACAAACAACCUCUCGACAUCACAAGGGGCUGCCACAAAGACAAAUAUGGACAAAGCUCAGGCAACCGAAGCUCAGUUUCGGUUGAACGCAGAGGACAAGGGAGCCAUCCCUGCCGUCAUAGUAACAGACCAUGGAAUAGAUGCUGGCGGAGAAGGCCAGGAACCGCAGGUCAGCCCACAGUCCAUCCAAGCACUGCGGAAACUUUCCUCCUCGUCUGCCUCUUCCACUGGCUUUUCCUCCUGGGAAGAAUCAGAGGAAGACCUGUCCAGUGACCCAGAACGUACACCAGCCUUUCUCCAGACGCAACAGAAAGCACAUAAAUCAUGGAAGAAGAUCAAGAACAUGGUGCAGUGGUCACCUUUUUUGAUGUCCUUCAAAAAGAAGUACCCUUGGAUUCAGUUGGCUGGCCAUGCAGGUAACUUCAAGGCAGGUGCGUACGGCUGCAUCCUGAAGAAGCACUGCGAGUGUGAGCAGCGCUGCCUGACCCGGUUGAUGAACGACGUCCUGAAGCCAUACGUCCCAGCCUACCACGGUGACGUAGAGAAGGACGGCGAGAAGUAUAAUCAGAUGGAAGACCUGCUGGCUGAGUUCGAGACCCCGUGUGUCAUGGAUUGCAAGAUGGGCAUCAGAACGUAUCUUGAAGACGAGUUGACGAAAGCCAGGAAGAAGCCCACCAUGAGGGCCGAUAUGUACCAGAAGAUGAUUGAAGUCGAUGCGAACGCCCCUACACCAGAGGAACAGGAGCAGAAAGCAGUCACCAAGCCACGCUACAUGCAGUGGAGAGAGACCAUCAGCUCUACAGCCACACUGGGCUUCCGCAUCGAAGGCAUCAAGAAAGAAGAUGGAACGGUAAACCGGGACUUUAAAAAGACCAAGACUCCGGAACAACUGACUGAGGCUUUCCACGACUUUCUCAAAGGAAACAAGAAUAUCCUGGGUAAAUACCUGAGCCGGCUACAGGAAAUCAAGGAAACUCUGGAAGAGUCACCGUUUUUCCGGAUGCAUGAGGUGAUCGGCAGCUCUCUCCUUUUUGUCCACGACAAACACGAAAGGGCGAAAGUAUGGAUGAUAGAUUUUGGCAAAACCACACCGCUGCCAGAAGGCCAGGUCCUGAACCACCGUGCCCCGUGGGUGGAGGGCAACCGUGAGGACGGCUACCUCUACGGCCUUGACCACCUCAUAGACAUUCUGAGCAACAUGGCAGAGACGAUGUAAAGGAAAAAAAAAAAGAAGGUUGCAACGUGUUUCAAUACUGGUUUUAACUUGCCUUCAAAGUGAGGCCAAUUUUCCCAGAUUUUGCCUAAGAAAAGUUUGUAUACUCGAUUCAUUACAGUUUAUGCAAUCUAUCCUAUGAUUGACUAUGUUCUUACAGCCAAGAGAAGACAGGGAGAAACUGUAGCUCCUUUUCCGUCACUUGGAGAGGGCAUGUUAAAAGCAGACUUGGAACACGGAGCAGGUCUUCCUCUUCCUGGAGUUCUCUUUAUUUUUACCCUGGGUAGAUCACUCGCACUACAAUACAGGACCUGCCUGGGUUACCAUUUAAAGCUACCCCUUUAACCCCUUCCAUCAACUCCUCAACACACACACACAGAAACACAAAAAAAAAAUUGAUAGAAGGCCCACGUGCUGUGUAUGUGCAUAUUUGUAUGUAUGUAUGUAAAGAGGCUCUAUAUAUAUAUAUAUAUAUAUAUAUAUAUAUAUAUAUAUAUAUAUAUAUAUAUAUAUAUACACUGUAUAUAUGCAUAGUAUAUAUAUUGUAGAGAUUGUACAGUAUAAAGUUUUAGUAGCGGAGGCAAUCCGAAAGAUUUUCUGCAGCUUAUUUCUUUGUUCGAAUGUAAAAAUACUUCUGAAUUUUUCGUUUAGUUCGUAUAAUGCUAGUGUUACGAAAUCGCUCACACGUACGUUCUUUCAGUAACGUUUUCUCAUUAUAACGCUUCUUUUUUUUUUUCCGUUUGUUCGUUUUUUGAUUUUGUUAAUAAUGAUGUGAUACACUUGAUAUUUAUUGUACAUAGUGCCUUAUUUUAAUAACUGACAAUUCCUUUAGUUUUAGUUUGUGCCUGUGGUAAUUUAUUUGAUGGUGCAUUGGAAAAAAAAAAACUAAGAUUGUACCCGGUUGAAAAAAUUCCACCAAAAAUAACAAUCAUAUUUUUGGAAUCAGAUGAUGGUGCGAAGGUAAUUCUUUAAAAAAACUGAUCGGUUGCUAUAUAUAGUAAAUGGGAAUUUUAGAAUUUCUUUCGCGGCCUGAGAAGCAAACUCGUUUUGUCCUGGUUUCAAUACGGUCCUUGAAUGAAAAAUACCACAUGAAGUGCACGCAAUGCUUCAGCAACGCUACCUAGAGUUAAUCGAUGAACAUCCCAGGUCCGUCUUUAAAACGCCAUGAACUUUGCUUUUAUUCAAUUCCAAAUUCAGUCCCUCGAAAAGUAUUUAACGAUCCAAACCAAAAAAAUCCAAAAAAAGAGAUUUUUUUCACGUUGGUUUGAAGGCCACGUGCUACACGAGUACUUACUAACUAACUGGCAGAUUUAGCAUGUAAACUAUGUCAUAUAUAUACACUAUGCAGGCAAAAGUAUCUGGACACCUGAACAUCAGAUAGCUUCUUUUUGAGCAUCCCAUUCACACAUUAAAUCCAAUUUGUACUCAUAAUAAACUCCACACUUCUGGGAAGAUGUUCGACCAGACUUUGUGGAGAUUUGUAAGAUUUCAUUAAGACACAAGUUCUUUGGGAAAAGCAGGUAGGCUGAGGAGGCUUGGAGACGGUCCAUCAGUGAACAUUUACCUCAAAGAUAAUAGAACUAUUAUGAAUGCACCUUCAAGGAUGAGGUUUUUUGCUUUUUAAUCAGGUUCCUCUCAAGGUUUCUCCCUUAUACCAUCUCAGGAAGUUUUUCCUACUGGCUCGAUUAUUAGAAAUAUAUAAUUUCUACAAUUUAUAUUCGUAAACUAAUUAUUUCCAGCUGAUUUGAGACGAUGUCCAUCUUCUGGGAGGACAUUCUACAAAAUGUUUUGGAGAUUUGUGAGAUUUCAUUCAGGGUAUUGGUGGAGAACCGUCUCGUAGUUUAAGCAAAAAUUUCCCAUAUGGUGUAUGUUUAUUUAUCUGGAAUACCUUUUGAAUUCAGUUGCUUCUAAUGAAAGACGGCGAUGUUUAUUGCUUAUAGUUAAAUGAUGUAUUACAACAAAAACGUCCACAUGUUGUAGGUCAAAACGCAGGUUUUUUGGAACAGAGCUUCGCAUCAUUUGGAAAAUUGAAUGAAUGAAUCCAAGACUUUUCAUGUUCUCCUGCGAACCCUUCAUGUUGUUCAUCCAUACCGUAUGCUUUUCCAGGUUUCCUUCGCUCAGAUAGACGUUUCGCUUCAAACACGUUCCUCUCUGGUUCUGUUAUCAAUCUCUCAGAUGUUCAUUUCCGAAAUGAAAAUAAUCACCCAGAGCUUUUUUCACGCCCCGAAGUGUAUCCGGUUCAAUCUGAGGUGAUCGACGUUUACAUGCCUAUUUGCUUAUGCAAAUCCGGCACUCGCUGCUCCUGCCAAGCAUUUGACUGUGGUCCAACCAAAACAAAAUCUGUGAUAAACGCUCAUUUGUUUGCACGAGUGCUCGCUGAUAGACAUCUGCAACCCUGGGCCGGUUUAUUUGGCGCUCGAAUCGACAGCUCAGAUCAUCGUGACGGGUCAGAAACGCUCGAUCUGUGCACUUUUAUUUGGUUUCUAAAAAAAAUUAUGAAAAAGUAUGGAAGUGUGUCAUGGCUUUAUAUUGCAGACGCUGGCAGAACCUCACGGAUCGUCAUGAGGUGUUUUUGUGUAUCGUUAGUAGAUGUGAAAUUCGCACAACAAAAAAGAAAAAGUCGUAUUCGGUAAAAAAUAAAAAUAACUAGAGCUAAACCAGAGGACGCCAGACUUUUUCUGGAGAGCCAAAAGGGCCAAACUUUCUUAAAGGCCGUGGAUUGAAAAUAAAUGUUGCAUUGUAACAAACAUUGUAAUUUUAUAUUAUUUUAUAUAAUGAUAAUUGGUUGAAAAUUUACAAUUUCAUACCAAAAUUCUAAUCAAUUCAUAGAAAGUCCGUAAUUAAAAAAAAUGUAUUCGGUUUUAUUUGUAGUGCGAUUUUAACACUAGACGGCGUCUCAAAUCAGCUUUACAGAGAUACAUUUGUAUAAAAAAAACUUAUGUUUGAUCGCUAUAUGUUUGUUCCUCAUAAUUGCAAGUUUAGCCCUAACGAGCGAGCGAUUGAGGCAAGAAAAAAACCUCCUGAGACUUCAUGAGGAAGAGGAACCAGAUUUAAAAGGGAACCUGAUCUUCAUCACCGGAUGCCAUUUAUAUCAGUUCCAUCAUUAUUGAGGUGUGUAGUGUACAAUUAUUCUCUAACGUUCAUGUACAAUUAAUUGUAUUAAUUACAAUUCACACAAAUUAUUACAAUUACUAUUUAUUUAAAAUUAUAAAAAAUUAAAACUAUCUAAUACAACUUCUCAGUAAGUUUUAUGGAGACUUAUUUUUUUUCUAUUUUUUUCCUCAUUAUUAACAAUAAAAUGACAUGGCGGGUCAAGUUUGGGCAUCUCUGGUGGUCAAAAUGAUAAUUAUAAUAAUUAUUAUCAUUAUUUUCUUUUGUGUAUGUAACGUCUAAAAAUAAUGUUACAGUGUGGGGAAAUAAAAACGAUAGAAAUAAGACGGCAGAAUAAUAAUUAAAAUGGACAGAUAGUAAGAAAUAAUGCUGUAAAGCAAUUAAAUAAAUGUCUGAAAAAAAUGUUUUUUUUAAGUAAAAUUAAAUCGAUUGUCUGUGAUGAGAUGUUUCACACAGCUCGUUCUGGCCUGCUGCGGCUGAGCUCUGGGUGUAGUGCGCCCCCUGCUGUUCAUGGUGCUAUAGUGUACUUGCUAUGUGAUGGUAAACAGAACAAAGUCCGCAAACUACUGUUUUAACAAGUGCUGUUUUUUGCUUUGUGUGUGUGUGUGUGUGUGUUGUCAUAUGGUGUCGUGUACAUAUUCGUGAUGACAUUUUGCACAGGAACACUAAGCUGCAUGAUAUUUUCUGCAUGUUACAAGGUUUUGAUGAAAUGUUGGCAUGAGAACGGUCUGUCCUGCAGAGGUGAUCUCGGAAAAAAAGCCUGAUCAGCAUUGUAUUAUUUAAGUAGCCACUGUACAUUUUACUACACUGAUUCCGCAAGAAAAUACCCCUUUCUGUACUGAAUUUUACUGAAGUAAACGAACGAGUAGUGGGAUGUU